AAAAAACAAUCGUCAUUCUGUUUCGAAUUUGGACAAAACUUCAAAAAUAUUCAAGGAAAACUUUGAAUUAUUAUUUGUUUUACGUUUUUGUAAAAGGUAAUAAUUACUUGUGGAAAUUACUGAAAUCAUCAGACGUCCCAAAGGAAUCAUGUCUCUUCCGAAGCAAAUCAGGUUCAUAAAGGUUCUGAAGUCACCUGUAAAAGUCAAGGUGGAGCCACCAGACGAAGAGGACCUCAACAUAGAGUGCCGUCUCUGCUCCAAGGCGUUUGCCAACGAGGUGGCGGUGCGCAACCACCUGCGCAUGGAGCACUCGGGCGAGGAGGUGGAUCUUGACACCUGGGUUACUGAUGCUAUGAUGAAGAAGCCCGGGACUGUUCCGACCACACCACCCCAGAAGAAGCUCAAAGCCGAGCUGAAGUCGGAAGCGGGGCGCCGGGUCAUCGCGCGCCGCACCGCCGCUCUCGUGCAGUCCAUGCAGCCGACUGACAUCAUGAGUCUGGCCAGCCAGGACGUCAGCUAUAUCAUUAUAAAGGCCGAGGACGGUAAACUGAACCUAGAAGAGACCAACAAGAACAGAAGACAGAAGAGAAGCUCGGAGGAUGAAGACAGCCCGAGGAGGAAGAACAAGAGGGAGAGGGAGCGAGAGGUGGUGCCGAUAUCCGGUCCCUUCGAGUGUCUCCAGCCCUCCACAGUCGGCCCCGACGGCGCGUGCCACCAGAUCUUCUUCUCGUGCUGCGACUACUCCAUACACUUCAGAGAUGAACAUACGAGGAGACGCAAGGCUGUGAAAUGCCAGGUUUGCGAGAAAGUGCUGGCUUCAUCCAUCGGCGAAGAGGCGACUUCGCCUUAUCCGUGCCACGUGUGCGGCUCAGGAUUCCAGAACAACGCCGACCUAACCACCCACAUGAACACAGUGCACGUCAAACUGAAGCCGUUCGAGUGCGCUAUCUGCCACAAGAGAUUCACGCAGCAGGGCGGCGUGCUGCAGCACAUGCGCAUGCACACGGGCGACCGCCCCUUCCCCUGCUCCUAUUGCCAGAAGUCCUUCACACAAAAGUCAGGCCUCGACCAACACUUACGAACACACACCAAAGUGAAGCCAUACCGGUGUGUUAUCUGCGGGAAAACAUUUAUACAGUCCGUGCACUUGAAGCAACACAUGAGGACUCAUACGAAUGUGUCGCCGUUCCAGUGUGUUAUCUGCGAGAAGAGAUUUAAGCAGAGCAGCCAUUUGAAUUAUCAUUUGAAGCACCAUAAUGAGGCGAAUAUGACUGAGGAUCAGAAAACGAAGUACCAGGAGCUGAUCGGCAUGAUCAACUCUCAGCAGCUGCUGGUGGAGGCGGGGUCCGCUGAUGACGAGGAGGAGCUGAGGCAGGCGCAGCAGGUGAUAGUGGAGGAGGGCGCGGAGCUGCUGCAGUACGAGGCCGAGGAGGUGGAGUACGUGGAGGAGGAAAACAUAAAAGAGGACAUGUCGGAACAAGUCGUAGUCGAAGACAACCGCGAGUACACGCUCACAGACAACGGCGACGCCGGCUGGAGCGCGCGCCCCGCGCCGUGAGACCCGCCGCCCGUCCGGGUCGAGGUAUACAGCCACGGGCGCCAGACCGACCAAUCAGCGAGCUCGGCCCGCCACGUCGGCCAAUCGCGGUUCGUGACGCUCGUACGCGCAGAAUAGAGGCUGGUGCCGACGAUUUUGAUUGGAUAAGACGAGUGUUGUGUUUGUGAUUGUGGAUUUGUGGACUUCUAUUAGUUUAGUGUUGUAUAUU